UGCAAUACUUUAAUAUGUAUACUGCAACUUAAUACUUACAUAAUCUUGCGGCAUGAAAGUGAAUCUUGACUUCAGCCUUAAAUAAUUAUUAUUCAGCCGGCAUGACUUAUAAUGAAAAAUAGUUGCUAAUGUGAGUUUUUCAGUUUCAAAUAGUGCCUCCAUUUAUUACUGAAGGCAUGAACAUUUUAUUAAUAAUUGUGUAAAACAUAAAUAUUAUUCGCAAUGGUCUUGCAACUGGAAUGUUGGCCGGACGAGUUAAGUCCUGCUCAAUUAGCGGCGUUUAAAAAAGCAGAUGAUGAACACCAGGAAAUACAAACUAAACUUGAUGAAAUCGUUAAAUCCACUGGUGGAGAAGUCGUUUUUACAGGGGAUAACUGUGCUGCUUAUCAAGUGUCUGGAGGAACGCCUUCUUCACUUCAAAAUCACACAGCAAAGUCUUUAAAGGUUCCAAAGAAUUCCCAUUUAAGUACUCCUCACAGCGGAUAUGUUGAUAAUACAAUACAAAAGACGAGUAGUGGUAAACGAGCAAGCCGCGCUGCGGCUUUGGCUGCUGCGUCAGCGGUUGCAGCAUUGGAUCGGGAUUCUGACAGUCCCACACCUCCUCCAGCCAAGAAAAUCAAGCAGGUGAUUACAAGUCUGGAAGACCUAGUAAGAGUACCUAUAAAAGCAGAAGUCCAUCACCUCCACCUGCACCCACUACUAGUAAAAAAACAUCCUAAAGAAGCAGUACAAAAUGUAACAGCUACUGUUCGGCCAACUGAAGCUACAUCUGUGGGUGGCUUAGCUACUGGUGGAGUUGGAGGCAAAGCCAAAAAUACUUUUGUAGACCUAACGAAGGAUGAUUCUGGUAGACCACUUCCAGAUUCUCGAGAAGUGUCAUUUAAUAAGUUGCAGGGUAAAACCUAUCCAUCCUUGGUUGUUGUAGCUAGACCUUACUUACAUGCAAAAGAAAAUAUUAAUGCUGAUCGAUCCGCACUAGAUGCUAAAGUCAAAAGUGUUUUGAUGCAUACUCCAACAAAGUUCACAGAAUGGCUAAUUCAACAAGGGCUUGUCAGAUCUGAUCAAAUUUGUGCAAUUCACCCACAAAAUCAUUUGAAACUAGGAAUGUAUUCGGAUGUUUCUAAGUUUCCCUAUUCUGGUGGUUAUGUUUGGAUUAGUGAAUGCUGUCCAACGAGAUUUGUUUCUGUUUUUUCUGGUUCUUUAUUUGAAGGGGCUACUCAUCCACCGAGUGUUCUCUUGAAACUGAUAUAUCAUUGGUCUUGUCAGACUAAUGUUCAAAACGUUGUUCAAUGGGUCAAGGUUUGCAAUCUUUAUGUAAAAGGACUAUUUACAUGGUUGCGUGCUGUUUGCACAGGUGCCCUGCACAAGCAUAUGACUAUGCUUGGCGGUAAUAAUCAACGAAUUGAAGUUGGAGUUAUUUCUCUUGGUACUACAAGCCAGGAUGGCAAUCAAAGACAAGUUAAAGUGGAAGUGCUGGGUGUCCUAGAUCCUGUUGCUAAACUGGUGAGAUUACGCGCAGUUGAACCUUUAGCUGAUGGUGAGAGAAACUAUAAGAAACGCUUUGUGAAAAUUCUGGAGCCUCUUGCAAAUUGGGUUCAUAAAGACAGUGUAAUUCUAACAGAUUUGACAGUUGAUAAAAGCACCCUCUUGAAUAUGGGCUAUAAGACAGUUCAUCAGGUGGCUGUAAAUGAUGUUAAUAACAAGAAUAGUAAUAAUGGGAUAAUGGAAUAUUUAAGAAGAAUAGUUCCUCGCAUGUUCCAAAAUACAUUAUCUUUAUUAUCACGACAAAUAAUACAGCAAUUUUUGGAUGAAUUGGUUUGGCGAGAGUGGUAUGGUAAUACACCAGGAUUGGCUUUUGAUAAUAUAGUUAAUCAUAUUGCAGAACAAACAAAAUAUGAUGUUAAAGAAACCCUAACUACUCGAUUAACAAAAGUAUCUGCAAAUCCAUUUAAAAAUUGGGCACCUCCAAAAGUAGCAGCUAAAGAACCUGUGCUUCCUGCUAAAAGAGGUCGAAAAAGAAUCCAUCCUAUAGAAUCAUCACCCAUUCCACAACCAGUUGCAAAAAAACCUGCAUUCGAUAGCAAGAAAACAAUAAUGGAAACAAGAAAACCAAUUAUGGAAUCUCGAAAACCAGUUAUGGAAACCAGAAAACCAGUUAUGGAAACCAGAAAACCAGUUAUGGAAACCAGAAAACUAGUUAUGGAAACCAGAAAACCGGCUAUGGAAACCAGAAAACCGGCUAUGGAAACUAGAAAACCAUCUAUAGAAACAAGAAAACCAGUUAUGGAAUCCAGAAAACAAAUUAUGGAAACCAGAAGAGCAACACCUGAAUUGAAGAGAGAAGUUAAAAAAUUUCCAAUAGUUCAGCUUAAAAAAUCUAAGAGAACUGAAACACCACAACCGAUUGAAAAAUCUGCAGUAAUUGAGUCAACACCCAAAAAAAUUAAAGAAAACAAAGAUUUAGUGGCUAUAGAAAGUUACUAUUAUGGAUAUUUAGAAGGUGAACCCACGGAUGUGAAACUUGAGCUUGAUAUUGAGUGUUCUGAAUGUUCUGAAAAAUUUACAAAUAAUGUAAAACUGUUGGAUCAUCUGUUAACACAUGUUAAUCCAGUUAUUGACAAGGAGUCAAAGUUAUGCAGAUAUUGCCUAGAAAUAAUUCCAACUGAGGAUGAACUCCGAAGACACAUAAUUCAAGCUCAUCCAAAUGAUACAAAGAAUACAAUGGUGAACACUCUUGCAUGUGUUAUGUGUGAGACAAGAUAUUCGACAAUAGGCCUAUUGGCAGCUCAUAUGAGCAAGAUGCAUGUAGCUUUCGAAAUGCCUUACAUGUGCGGCACAUGUAAUCACAGAUGUUCUUCACAUAGAGUUGCCAUUGAACACUUUUACGAAGAUCAUGAUGGAGAUACAAGUUUGCAAUGUCCAUUCUGUUUACAGGCUAUGGUGAUAUGGGCUAAAGAUAAGCCUCGAAUUCAAACACUAAGGGAUUUCUAUGAUCAUUUGAAAAAUCACAUGGAUCGAGUAACUGCUAAGAAAUGUACUAAAUGUGCUUUAUGGUUCUAUGACAAAGGUGCUCUGAGAGAACAUAUCUUAUAUGCUCAUAAAACUCAAAAACAACUUAGUCAGUAUAUAAAGAAUAACUGCAUUUCAUCAACAAUGGUUAAUAGACCUAAGAUUAAAGCAACUCCACCCAGAGAUAUUAUAUCUCAUACAGUUGUAGAAAAUUAUGACAAACUAACAAUGUAUGUUGAAGAUGGUUUAAACUGCAUAGAGUGUAUCAGUGACUUUGGAGACAGAAGACAUUUUCUGGGUAAACUGAAAUGUUCUAAAUGUUUAUAUAUUACAAGUUGCUUUAAAACUAUGUUGAAGCAUACUGCUGGCUGCACAGGUUUUAAUUCAGCUACUUUAAUUCCACUUGAACCCAUUGAUGCUGAAAGAUAUUGCAUUUGCGGUUUCUCAUCUAAUGAUGGUAACACUCUAGCCAAACAUUUAGUAAUAUGUGAUCGUAAAACAGCAUAUAUGUCUACAGAAGAUGCAACUUCUAAUAAAGUGGUUAGAAGUAUGUUGGACAUGUUAGGUCUCAUGAGAAGAAAUCAUGACAAUGAAGAAGAUCAUAACGAUACUACUGAUAAUAAUGAUAAUAUUAAUAAUGCUGACGACGCUGACAAUGCUGGUAAUAAUGAUAAUACUAAUAACAUGGAUAAUAAUGAUAAUAUGGAUAAUAAUGAUAACAUUACAAAUGAUGAUAAUACGGAUAAUAAUGAUAAUACAGAAAAUAAUGAUGAUAUGGAAAAUAAUGAUACUAUAGAUAAUGAUGACAAUAUCGAUAAUAAUGACAAUAUUGAUAAUGAUGUUAAUAUCGAUAAUAAUGCUAAUAAUGAUAUGGAUAAUAAUGAUGAUAGUAACAACAAAGAUGUUAAUCAGACUGAGCAAGUAGUAAAGUCUGAUUACGUUGCAGACAAAUCUGAGGAAUAUAUGGAAAAUAUAGAUUAUGCAAAAGAGCAAAGUGUUGUAGAUGAUUCAUCAAAAUCACAGGAUGAAUUUGAUAAAAUAUGUGAAGAAAACCCCAAUGAGGAUAUUAUGGAAGCAGAUCCUGAACAAUCACAAAGUAAUCUCGAUGCUCCAGUUAUUGACACCGGAUUAUCACUUGAUGAUCUUGCUGCUCCACCAAGUGUACUGCCUGCACCUCUUGGACAAGGAGAACUUGAUAUCAAAGACGACUACCAGAGUUUAGCUACCCACAAGUUACAAGCAUGGAAAGUAAUAUGGAUAGUAAUGAUUUUGAACCAUUAUCUGCUGGAUCCGAGUUUGAGCCACUUAUCAAAAUUAGAAACAACGCCCAUUCGAAUUGAUGAUCUUGUAGCUGCGCCAAUAAUUGUGGACAGCCAGGGCAUGUUUGCCAUUGUACUGGAGAAGUAA